AUGUCCAGAUUAGCAUCCAAACCAGAUGAGGUGUCUUACCCUCGCAAGGCAUCCGGCCCCAGGAUAUCUCGCUCCACCAUGCCCGCCUCAACCAGCAACACCAGGGUGGGAGCUGUUUCCGCGCCCCGCCAUACCCUACUUCCGAUGGCAUUCAGGAUCAUUCCGAUCAACCGGAUCACCCGCGAAAUGACCCACAGCAGCACUGUCAUCCCGACCCGUCCCAAGAUCGCACUCAGGGCUCGCCAGGUUAUCCAGAAAGCCUUGAUGAAUGGAAGUCACGAUGAGACUAUCGAGAUGGCUCUCACCAAGCUGCUUUCAAACUUUAAUUACCUCUGGGGCUGGGGUGGUUACAAGGAUAAGUCGGUGGGGGUCACCGUUGGGUUACUUAAUGAGAUGCUGGCUGUCUUGAAGGAAGAUCGGUUGGAGGGUGGUGGCUCGAAUCUCUCAGCUGUAACAUACAGGUCGUAUCUAGGUAGGGGCCAUGCGCUGUAUGUUAUAGCGUAUACCCUUGGGUUUCCGGAUGUCGGGUUCCCCGUUGGUCGCAUACUCCACUUGCACUUUUCGGCUACCGGCUUUGGGUUACAUCAUAUGUACAGCGCUUUUGUCUGGUAUGCCCCAGAGCUUACAGCGCUCAGCAUACAGGGGAGCCCGGCAUACCUGUACCUCUACCUCUAUUCUAGGGCAUGCACGACAAAGGGGCCAAGUCAGCCGACCAAAAACAUGUGUGAAGAAACAAAGGGAUCUCGCCAUGGUGAACCACGACAAAUUUAUUCGUCUUUCGUCAACUCGAUCGAGGGUCACGAGGAGACUCUUCAACUUUUUGAGAAGCAGCCAAAUCUCAAGAGAGGAUGGUAG